AUGACUAGCGUUGCAAGUAGUAAAGCAUCGACAGCCUCUCAGAAGAGAGAGAAGCUGAAGGCAUUAUUGAGCGAUAAGGUGUUGGAUAUGAUCAAGAAAGGGAAUAAGGACGUUAAAAUAACUCCCGAAGUGUUGAGUUUAAUUUCAAAGGAAGUGGAUGCUUUAAUUAAGGACGGAAAAGGCUCCGAAUCUGAAUUGAAGAGGAUUGCAACAAAAGCAAAGAAUUUACUUCCAAGAAAUACUAGUUCGACAUCAUCCGGAUCGAAACCAUCAGUACCUCCGAUUGACACAAAAAGCGUUGCCUCCAGGCAAAGUGACUCUCGUAAUGAAGAAUAUUCGCAAACAAGCGACGUGAAGCCAUCUAAAGAGGAAGAAGAGGAAGAAAUGUUGAUCACCACAUUAGGAGGUCAAUUUGGAGGUGGUCUCAAGAAGUCAGUCAAACCAAAGGCAAAACCAACAACAGGCGACGACAUUUGGGCUGCUAUCGCUCUCAAGGACACGGAAGAGUACCAUAAGGAACAACACGAAGAGUUCUUACGUCAAAAGAACAAGCAAGUUGAACUUCGACAAACUUUGAAACAACAAUCAGAGGAGAAUAAGCGUCAACAAGAACUUAAAAAGCAAAUGGAGCAAAAGUAUAUCGAGGAGCAGCAAGAAAUUAUCAAGAAAGAAAUUGAGGAAGAAAAGAAAAGGGAGGAAGAGCGCAAACAGCGAAUUAUCGAAGAGAAAAGGAUUAGAGACCAACAAUUAGAACAGUCCAAAAUGAGAAAGCAAAUGAUCGAACACAAGAAAAAGGAGGAAGAAGAGGAGUUGGUUCAAAAAUUGAAAAAGCAAAUAACAAAAGAAAAGGAAAAAGAAAUCAAAACUCGAGAACAAAAUAAGAAAGAAUUGUCUUCAUUCCUUGCCUACAACGACACAAUCAAAGCAAGGAAAGAGGAAGAAGCAAAGAAGGAGAUUGAGGAAGACAUUAAAGCUUUGAAAGCUUAUGAAGAAAAACAACGUCAACAGGAGUUAAGGCGUGAGAUGGAAAUGAAAAAGAUGUAUGAAAGACAAAGUUUCUCAAUUGCUUUGGCAACAAAGCUGGAGGCCAAUUUGGACGAAAAGGCAAAGGAAGAUGAGAAGAAGGCAGAACGUAUUCAAGCUGAAAUGGAAAUGAAGAAAGAAUUGGAGCACAAGAAGAAGCUUGAGAAAUUGAAGAAGCAAAAGGAAGAAAUCAUGGACACACUAGCAAAGCAAAUCCAAAACAAGUUUGACGAAAAAAGAGAACAACUUUCGCAAGAGCUAGAAAUGAAGAAAAAAAUCGAAGAAGACAUCAAAAAAGCGGAACAAGAAGAAAAAGAGCGAAGAAACAGGCUGAAAGAAUCCCUGAAGCAUCAAAGAGAAGUUCUCACAGAACAAGUCAAGCAAAAGCAAGAAUUUUCGGCUAAGAUGAGCGCCAUGUCGGAAACUGAAAUGAAAUUGAACAGUGACAGGCUCAAGAAGAUUAAUGUCUUGUAA